AUGGCGAACUGUACUAGCUUAGCAAAUAACUCUCAUGUUCAGCAACCACUGUUUCUUGCGAAAAUUUCAGAGACAAAAAUAAUCGGAAAACUCUUAAAAGCCAUUGUAACCAAAAACAAAGAUGCACACUUAUUUAUUAAUGGAGAGGAACUAAGAAUUCACAUUGCGUCUUUAAACUUUUUUCACAAAAUUGCCGUCAUUAAAAGGCAGCAAUUUUUACAUUAUGAUUUUCGUUUCAAUCGAGAAAUUCAUCUCCCAUUGUUCGGUGAAGCGUUUUUAGAAUCCUUAACAAUGUUUCAUUCGGGUCGGUUUUCCUGUUUAUACGAUGAACAGAAAAUAACAUGGAUUCUCGAGGUCCGAUCAUUAUAUUCACCACUUAUUGUGACGAUCGAACAGUGCAAUAUCAAGACAGCAUGGACAAUCGAAAGACUUGAGUCUACAAAACCAGAGAAUCCUCGCCUCGAUGAAAACCUUGCGAUAAAAUUUGCGGUCGCGGGAUCUAAUUUCAAAAAAUAUUUUAAAGAUAUUAAUUUAUUCGGUCAUACGUUUACUCUUGAGCAUUCAUCUCGGGAUAGAGGAUCAUUUGUUCGGAUUAAAACGUCCGACGUGUACGGUGAAAGCGAGGUUGCAAUUGCUCAUGAUUCCGCAAUAUACCAUAAUACUUAC